AUGCCGUUCUACGCUCUCAAGGGCGUGAAGUUCUUCAUCGGCCACCCGCAUCUGUGGAAGCAGGCGGCGUUCCCACUGCUGCUGACGCUGGCCUUCAGUAUCUUCUCGGUCUUCCUGCUCUUUGCCUGGACGCUUCGACCGCAGGAGAACUGGAUGGCUGAGAAGGGUCUGCCUUCGGUGCUCUCGUGGAUCUUCGCAGUCAUCUUCGUCAUCGUGGAGAUCUUCCUGGUCACGCUGCUGUACGCAUUCAUUGUGCUUGAGUACUUCAAGGACAAGAUCUUCGCUUAUGUGCUGCGCGAAAAGGGCUACGCUGCCCUCGUGGACCGCGAAUCUCAGGAGUCCGCCGUCGUGCGUGUGUGCUCGGCGUUCUUCCGCCUGGACGCCAUUUUCCACGUCAUCCUACUCAUUGUGUCGCUGCCGCUGCACCUGAUCCCUGUCAUUGGUAGCAUUGUCUAUGCGUGGCUGCACAGCACCUUCAUGGCCUGGGAGUCACAUCUGUACUACUUCGACCUCAAGGGCCUGGGCUUCAAGCAGCAGCAGCGCUGGAUCAGCCAGCGUAAGUUCCAAUACACGAGCUUUGGCUUCCAGAUGCUGUUGCUGCAAAUGAUCCCGCUUGUUGGCCCGCUCUUCAUCUUCUCCAACACAUGCGGAGCCGCGCUGCUGGCCAUCAAGAUGGAGCGCGAGGGCGGCGACAAGUGGGUUGACGAGGAGGACGACGAGGCUCUGCUUUCAGGCAAGAAGACUGGCGUCUACGGCACGGUCUAA